CUCAGCUCCAGUCUUCAGAGCAGCCGGCGCACAGUCAGCGCAGCUCUCUCCUGAAGCUUCAGAGCGACGGGAGUUGCUGCUUUUUCACACAUUUUCUUGGAUAUACCAUCAUCUCGCCAAAAUGAAACUUAUUUAUGUUGCUGUCUUGGUUGCGGCUUUGUUGACAGAAAAUCUAGCGCUUCCAGUGGGAAAAGAAGGGCAGAGAGAAGAUGUGGUCACACGCUGUUUGGUUGAAGUCCUCUCCAAAGCUCUCACCAAACCGGACUCCAGGCUGGACCAGGAAUGCAAAGGCAUUCUCCAAGCAGGGGUUAAACAUUCCCCACUGGACAAGAAAAGUGGAGAGGGGAUAGUAACUCAUGGAGAGCUGGCCAUAGGUCAACCCGAGGAGCCUCAGGCGAAGGGAACCGAUGUGAAAGACAUCGAAGCUUUCUUGAAACGUGGUGAAGAGGAGGAAGAAGGUGGCGAGCGCAGCCAGGAAUCCUGGGGUCUUGAUAAGAGGGGCUGGAGGCCAGGAAGGUACAGCCAGAGGAGGCACAGACGUGAUGAAGAACUCGCAGAGGAAGCCAGGGAAGAGCCCGAUGAGGAACGCAGCCAGGAAUCCUGGGGUCUUGAUAAGAGGGGCUGGAGGCCAGGAAGGUACAACCAGAGGAGGCACAGACGUGAUGAAGAACUCGCAGAAGAAGCCAGGGAAGAGCCCGAUGAGGAACGCAGCCAGGAAUCCUGGGGUCUUGAUAAGAGGGGCUGGAGGCCAGGAAGGUACAGCCAGAGGAGGCACAAACGUGAUGAAGAACUCGCAGAGGAAGCCAGGGAAGAGCCCGAUGAAGAGCGCAGCCAGGAAUCCUGGGGUCUUGAUAAGAGGGGCUGGAGGCCAGGAAGGUACAGCCAGAGGAGGCACAGACGUGAUGAAGAGCUUGCAGAAGAAGCCAGGGAAGAGCCCGAUGAGGAACGCAGCCAGGAAUCCUGGGGUCUUGAUAAGAGGGGCUGGAGGCCAGGAAGGUACAGCCAGAGGAGGCACAAACGUGAUGAAGAACUCGCAGAGGAAGCCAGGGAAGAGCCCGAUGAAGAGCGCAGCCAGGAAUCCUGGGGUCUUGAUAAGAGGGGCUGGAGGCCAGGAAGGUACAGCCAGAGGAGGCACAGACGUGAUGAAGAGCUUGCAGAAGAAGCCAGGGAAGAGCCCGAUGAGGAACGCAGCCAGGAAUCCUGGGGUCUCGAUAAGAGGGGCUGGAGGCCAGGAAGGUACAGCCAGAGGAGGCACAGACGUGAUGAAGAACUCGCAGAAGAAGCCAGGGAAGAGCCCGAUGAGGAGCGCAGCCAGGAAUCAUGGGGUCUUGAUAAGAGGGGCUGGAGGCCAGGAAGGUACAGCCAGAGGAGGCACAAACGUGAUGAAGAGCUUGCAGAAGAAGCCAGGGAAGAGCCCGAUGAGGAGCGCAGCCAGGAAUCAUGGGGUCUUGAUAAGAGGGGCUGGAGGCCAGGAAGGUACAACCAGUGGAGGCUAGGAAGGUACAACCAGCAAGGUACAACCAGGAAGGUACAACCAGAAGAAGCGCGAGAAGAGCCUGAGGAAGAGCGCAGCCAGGAGUACUGGGAAUUUGACACUGGAAGAGACAAGAGAGAGUGGCAGGCCGGCAGGUUCCAUCAGAAGAGACCCAAACGUGAAGAGGAGCUCUCGGAUGGGGAACGCAGCCAGGAGUCCUGGGGCUUAGACAAAAGACAGGGAACAGAAGAGGAAGAAAUAGAAAAGCGUAUAUGGAAACCGACACAUAGAUACCACCAUAAGAAGAAGUACCAUAAACGUGGCGGAGGAUCAGAAGAAGAAGAGGGAGAGCAGAUGGCUGCCUCUGAGGAUUAUGAGGAGGCGGGAAAGGACGGGGACGACGCAACAAGGUAUCUGGCAGAGAAGCGCAAUCCCUGGAUUUACAGAGGUUUCUACCAUCCUGCAGCAAACUCAAACAAGAUGGACGAACUGGCCAAGUUGCUGGGCUAUAAGAUAGACCAGCUGGCCAACCAAUCAAACCAAGAGGAGCCAAAGAAGAGCAUGCACCUGAGAGCACUCACCCCGCGGGAGGAGAAGGAGCUGGACAACCUAGCAGCAACGGACACGGAGCUGCAGGAAAUCGCUGCCAAGUUGCAUGACAACAGCGCAUAAACCAAGAUGGAAGAGCUGCUAGCUUACUGUAUGUUAGCUAAUUUAGUGUUUAAAAGACAAAAACAUCCAUCAAAUCUGGAGCCUUGUCAAAAGCAUUUGAUCAACUUGUUUAUCAUAGUAUUUGUGAUAUUUUGAUGUAUUGAAAUGUACUGAAAAUGAUCCGCAUGGGAAUGGUUUUGAUGUUUAUAUACAUGUAAUAAGAAAAUAUGAGAUUCUAAUAUAUCUGAGACAAAUUACUUAAAUUGUGUUCUAAUGAGUUUGUUCAGUCUGCACUCAAUAAAAGGAGUUAUUCUGGGACCAAA